GGGCUUCCGGGCGGCGGCGGCGGGCGCGGCGCGAUGUGUGAGCGGGCGGCGCGCCUGUGCAGGGCCGGCGCACACAGGCUGCUCCGGGAGCCGCCGCCGCAGGGCCGGGCGCUGGGCGGGCUUCUGCGCUGGGUGGGCGCCAGGAUGGGCGAGCCCCGGGCGCCGCUGGUCCCCGAAGUCCCCGCCGCGGACCCCAGCCCCGGCCGGGGCCCCGCCUCGCCGCGCGGGGGCACCGCUGUCAUCCUGGACAUUUUCCGCCGUGCGGACAAAAAUGAUGAUGGGAAGCUGUCCCUGGAGGAGUUCCAGCUCUUCUUUGCAGACGGUGUCCUCGACGAGAAAGAACUGGAGGAUCUCUUUCACACGAUUGACUCGGACAACACCAACCACGUGGACACCAAGGAGCUGUGUGAUUACUUUGUGGACCACAUGGGGGACUAUGAGGACGUCUUGGCCUCACUGGAGACCUUGAAUCACUCUGUCCUGAAGGCCAUGGGCUACACCAAGAAGGUGUAUGAGGGUGGGAGCAGCGUGGACCAGUUUGUGACACGGUUCCUCCUGAAGGAGACGGCCAACCAGAUCCAGUCGCUGCUGAGCUCCGUGGAGAGUGCAGUGGAGGCUAUUGAAGAGCAGACCAGCCAGAUCCGGCAGAACCACAGUAAACCCAGCCACGGUGCAGUGGAGACCUGGUAUGGAAGCCCCACUUCCCCCUAUGCCCCCAGCCACAAGCCCGUGGCCACGGAACAAGGGAAGAGCCUUCUCUCUGUCACCACGGACCCCAAGACUGAGGGCCUGGAAGCCCAGAUCAGCCGGUUGGCAGAGCUGAUAGGACGGCUGGAGAACAAGACCCUCUGGUUUGACCUGCAGCAGCGCCUCUCGGAUGAGGAAGGCACCAACAUGCACCUGCAGCUGGUCCGGCAGGAGAUGGCCGUGAGCCCUGAGCAGCUGAGCGAGUUUGUGGACUCUCUGCGGCAGUACCUGCGGGGCACCGCUGGAGCCGGGAACUGCUUCCACAUUGCGGCCGUGAGGCUGUCGGACGGCCUCACCUUCGUGGUCUAUGAGUUCUGGGACACGGAGGAGGCGUGGAAGAGGCACCUGCAGAGCCCACUGUGCCGGGCGUUCCGGCAUGUCAAGGUGGACACGCUGAGCCAGCCCGAGGUCCUCUCCAGGAUCUUGGUGCCAGCUGCUUGGUGCACGGUGGGCCAUGACUGACCAUCCCCCAGGCCCUGAGGAUGAACCUGCCACCCAACCCUCUUCUUAUAAAGGACGUCCCCUCUUUUCUAGAAACUUUGGUAUACAGGCUGUCUUUUCAAUAUAUUUCCAAAUAGGAGUGUGUUUCCCUGCUGUUGGAGGUGAAGGAGAACCCCUCCCCGGCAGCCCCCACCUCUGUUGUCUGAGCUGCUGGGCCCUGCUGAAGCCAGGGGUCAGUGGGGAUGGGAGGCUUCCUGGAGCCCACCCUCCACCUCUUCCUCGCCACCCCCACCCCGGCUGACUGUCCACGCAUGACGAGCCCCCCAUCACCCGCCUGCCCUGGCCUCAGCAGGACGCUCCUCGCCACUGCCUCUCACUGCCCUGGUUGACAUUCCUCUCCCUGGUAGGAGCCAAGACCCUGUAAGGCCCAGCCUCGGCCUGUGCCACGGGCAAACAGCUGCUGCCGGGCCAGGCACCAAAUAAACCUGGCUGGGAACAGCUGCAUGCUGUGUGUGUCUG